AUGACGGUAUCCUACACGCUCAAGGUGGCCAAUGCUAAGUUUGGAGGCUUCACAAAGUUACUCUUCCGAUGGAAAGGAAGCAUUUACAAGCUUCUAUACAGAGAGUUCCUGGUCUUCUGUUUACUGUACAGCUUCAUCAGUAUUCUAUACAGGUGUGUCCUCAAUAACGAACAACAGGAGGUGUUUGAGCGACUAGCACGCCAUUGCAACAAGUUUGCUAAACUCAUCCCUAUGUCAUUUGUUCUUGGGUUCUAUGUCACCCAGGCAUUUCAGCGUUGGUGGGGUCAGUAUACAAGCUUUCCCCUGCCAGAUAACCUGAUGAUGGUCGUAUCUGGAAAUGUCCAUGGCACAGAUGAAAGAGGCCGUCUUCUGAGGAGAACUCUGAUGAGAUAUGCAAACCUGUCGUCGGUUCUCAUCCUGCGCUCCAUCAGUACACGAGUACGCAAGAGAUUCCCAGCUCUGGAGGACAUUGUGGAGGCAGGAUUCAUGACCACAGACGAGCUCAAAAAACUAAACCAUCUGUACUCCGACUUCAACAAAUACUGGAUGCCUCUUGCAUGGUUUGCAAAUCUGGCAUCACAAGCGAGGAAAGAAGGGCGUGUGAAAGAUGACAUAGCUUUGCGACUGCUCAUGGAUGAGCUGAAUAACUAUAGAUCAAAAUGCAGCAUGCUCUUCCACUAUGACUGGAUCAGCAUUCCCUUAGUGUACACACAGGUAGUGACUGUGGCUGUUUACUCCUUUUUUAUGUUCUGCCUAAUUGGGAGGCAGUUUGUAAAACCCGAAAAACCUGAUGAAGACAAAAUUCAUCUGGAUCUUUAUGUCCCCAUUUUCACUCUACUGGAGUUCUUCUUUUACGCUGGUUGGUUAAAGGUAGGGGAACUUAUUAUCAACCCAUUUGGAGAAGAUGACGAUGAUUUUGAGACCAACCAACUCAUAGAUCGCAACAUUCAGGUUUCCAUGCUAGCUGUAGAUGACAUGCAUCAAAAUAUUCCUCUCCUUGAGAAGGACAAAUACUGGGUGGAUAAGGGACUUUCAUAUCCUUCAGCUACUAUGAAGCCUGUCUUCAUGGGUUCCACACAUGACAUGAGGAUACUUGAGGAUGAUAACGAGGAACAUUUACCAACCCCCAAGACUCAAAUGCUUGCCAUCAACGUGUGGCCGACUACACACAAAAUAAAAAAGCAGAAGAACAAGAGCAUGCAACAAUUAUGUCUUUGCUGCCGAUCUAAAUGUAAGGGCGAGAGCUCGAGGCUUGAACAGUCAUCCAAGAGCAGCGUCCCAUCACCACUGCAGCAUCACAUGACUAUUCAACACGUCUGCCAUGAUGAACUCUUGGGGUCACCUGAAACUACGGGACAAGCAAACCAAGAGCCAUAGAUAAAUGUAACUCCCCAGUCAGGGUUUGCUUUACUAUUUUUUUUUUUUUUUUUGGGACAGUCAAGGAUGAGAGGAUACUUUCUGCAAUAUUUGAACCUUCAUCACUGCUUACACUUUCAAA